AUCUCGCGAGAGUUGCUGCGUCUGCUCCUCAGCGUCCGAGAGGACUGUGUCCGGGCCCGGGCUUCGUAGGUCACCGAUGGCUGCGCAGCGCGGGCUGACCAACUCCCCCCUGCGGAUACUAGAGGAGGCUCUGGGCACUAGCCUGACGGCCGAGGGCGAGGCGUCGGACGCGGCGGCGGCGGAGGGCGCCUACUACCUAGAGCAGGUCACUAUAACUGAGCCAUCUGAAGAUGAUUGUGAAUAUGAAGAGAUACCAGAUGACAAUUACAGCAUUCCAGAAGGGGAAGAAGAUCUGGCAAAAGCAACUCAUUUGGUUCAAGAACACACUACAGAUACUAAAAUUCUGGAGCAGAAAACGAUUCUUCCUUCAAAGCAUGCUACCCAAGAAGCAAUAGAAGACUUUCUAUGUAAUUUCCUAAUCAAAAUGGGAAUGACCAGGACACUUGAUUGCUUUCAGACUGAAUGGUAUGAACUGAUACAAAAGGGAGUAACAGAACUUAGAACUUUUGGAAAUGUUCCAGAUGUCUAUACCCAAGUUAUGCUUUUGGAGAGUGAGAACAGAAAUUUGAAGAAAGAAUUGAAGCGCUUCAAACAAGCAGCUGACAAGGCUAGAGAAGAUCUGAUGAAAACUCAGAAACAACGGGAUUUUCACCAAAUGCAUCACAAACGAAUAAUACAAGAAAAAAACAAACUGGUUAAUGACCUCAAAGGGCUGAAGUUACAUUACGCAUCUUAUGAACCAACUUUGAGGGUAUUGCAUGAGAAGCACCAUGCUUUACUGAAGGAGAAAAUGCUGACCUCUUUGGAAAGAGACAGAGCUGUUGGAAAGAUUUCUGGGCUUCACACAGCCCUGAAGGACAUAGAUGUGGGGAACAGUGUUUACAUUCCUAUCAUUGGAGUUAGUCACAGUUGUGAAAAAGAAAAUAGGCCACAAGUAGCUACUCAGAAUGUUCUUCUGGAAGCCAAAGAAGAAAAUGAAAAUAAAGCAAAGAUGAAAGAUAAUAAAAAGGAUUCAGAAUUUCCCGUAUACAUGCAACCAAAUUCAAAUGUGAAUAUGUAUAAAGAAAGUCUUUGUCCAGCAAAAUUCAACUACAGGCUGCAUAACAUUUUUAGACUACAUGAACUUCCCGUGAGCUGUAUUGUCAUGCAUCCCUGCAAAGACAUCCUGAUCUCCUGCAGUGAAGAUCACCUCUGGCGGAUGGUGGACCUCCCAAAUGGCAAUGUCCUUCUCACAGGACGUGGCCAUACUGACUGGCUGUCCGGCUGCUGCUUCCAUCCCAGUGAGGACAAAGUGGCUACUUCAAGUGGUGACAGUACAAUUAAACUAUGGGACCUGUCUAAUGGUGACUGCAUUCUGACCCUUGAAGGACACAACUAUGCAGUAUGGUCCUGCACAUGGCAUUCAAGUGGCAAUUUUGUGGCUUCUGCCUCACUGGAUAUGACUAGCAAAAUCUGGGAUAUUAACAGUGAAAGAUGCAGAUAUACUUUGUACGGACACACAGACUCUGUGAACAGCAUUGAGUUUUUUCCUUUCUCCAACACUCUUCUCACUGCUUCUGCAGACAAGACGCUGUCAGUGUGGGAUGCACGAACGGGAAAAUGUGAACACUCACUGUAUGGCCACAUGCAUUCCAUAAACGAUGCCACCUUCAUUCCUCAGGGUCAUUUAAUAGCAUCCUGUGAUGCCCGUGGGGUCAUCAAACUUUGGGACUUUCGGAAGCUCUUCCCAAUUGUGUCCAUUGAUGUAGGUCCAAGUCCGGGCAAUGAGGUCAACUUUGAUUCAACAGGUCGAGUUUUAGCUCAGGCGAGCAGCAAUGGUGUUAUCCAUUUGCUAGAUCUUAAAUCUGGGGAGAUUCAUAAACUGAUGGGCCACGAGAGUGAGGCGCACACGGUGGUGUUCUCCCACACAGGGGAGCAUCUGUAUUCCGGAGGAUCCGAUGGCACCAUCCGGGUGUGGUUUUGACCGCUUUCAGCAGUGUGUCCCACUGGAAGGGCAUUCCCUCCAAGGCUUGAAAACACCCCAGUC